AUGGACGCUGACGCCUUUGACCUCCAGUUUGACGUAAGCAAUGAUGAAGAGGUGGAUCAAAACACUUUAAGCGACACGCAUGACGAAGGUUUGGCCCCUCCUGUAUCACCCGAAUUAAUUCCCAUCCUUGAUAUUUCUUUCGAUGAAAAUUUAUCUGAUAUUUUGAAUGACUUGGAACAAAAUCCGUCUGCAGAAAUUUCAGAAUCAGCAAGGCCUACCGUACAAACUGAAGUCCGAGUCAACAAUGACCCUCAGUUUAUUGAUUUGAAAUUUAACGAUGUUGAAACUUUCAUAACUAAUCAAGAAAACUCAAACACAAUUAAGAAAACUCUAAAAGAUGUGAAUCUUGUCAGAAAAUUCCUCAAAAUGAAAAAUGAAAACCGCGAUUUGAAUGAAAUUCCGUGUGACGAAUUGGAUCAGCUUUUAGCAAUGUUUGUGUUGUCAGUAAGAAAAACUGACGGUCAAGAAUACGAACCAAGUUCUCUCAGAUCUAUAAUAAGUAGUUUGGACAGAAAACUAGGACGACAAAAAUAUGGGCAUAAAAUCAUGGAUAGUCAAGACGAUUCCUUUCGUUUGACUCGCGACGCCCUAAAAGCAAAACAAAAAAAUCUGAAAAAACAAGGCAAAGGCAAUAAACCAAGCAAAGCUGAGGCAAUUUCAGACGAAGAAAUAAACAUAUUAUAUGAAAAGAAAAUCCUUGGUAAUGAAACCCCCGAGUCCCUCAUGUAUACUCUCUGGUUCAACAACUCUAUUCAUUUCGGACUACGAGGAGUGACCGAACACUAUAAUUUACGCUGGGGGGAUAUUAAACUCAAAGUAUCAUCAGAUGGGACAGAAUAUUUAGAGUAUAAUGAAAGGCAAACCAAAACACGAACAGGCGACAAUAUUGUUGACAUACGCCAGGUCAAACCCAAAAUGUUUUCUUCUGGGGAUAUAAGAGAUCCUGUUCAAUCUUACAAACUGUACUCGGCCAAAAGACCUCUUGGAUUUUCUUCGGAUGAAGACCCUUUCUAUCUUUCAAAACGCACUAUUCCUCUAGACGACCCCAGAAGUAAUAAAUGGUAUUUAAAACAAAAAGUUGGGGAGAAAAAGCUCGCAUCCUUCAUGAAAGAAAUGGCUGUUAAAGCCAACUUUACAGGGAAAAAACUAACAAACCACAGCGCGAGAAAGCAUCUUAUUCAAAAGCUCCGUGAUGAGAAUGUCCCACCGACAGAUAUAAUGCAAAUAAGUGGACAUAAAAAUGUACAAUCUGUCUUAAACUACAGCUCUAUUACCGAAAAUCAACAGAGAAAAUACUCACACAUUUUGAGCAGCACUUCAGUUGAUCCCAGGCCUAAUCCUACAUGUACGAGUAAUCCACAAUUUAUACAAAACAAUGCAACUGAAAAUUUCAAUUUAGAUCUACAAGUGUCGGAAGCCUCUUCAUUCAGCCAGAUGAAUUCCAUGUUCUUUGGGGCGACACUUCACAUCCAGAAUUUAAACAUUUACACUGGACAUCAAUCAUAA